AUGCCUCGUCGUGUAGCAAAUAAACCCGGGUCGCAGUCGACACUGUCCUUCGGAGGGGGCCGAGUGACCAAACCAGUCGCUGCACCCCACAAAGCGAAGGCCCUCGAUUCACCUCCAGCGCUCUCCAACAAAUCUGCCUCCGCCACCCCGGAGCCCCAGCAGCUGUCCGUCACCCCAAAUGAGCCCUCCAAGCCCCAUAUCGCCGAGUUAGCGGUGCGAGAGCAGGCUGCAACUGAGCACCAAGCGCCUCGAUCCGAAGAAGAUAAGCGGGCAUUGAAGUUGAACAAGCAGGAUAUCUGGCGAUACUGGCAGGCUCAAGAGCAGACCCGGAAGGCUCCUAGAGCUCACCAACAAGGCAUGGAUGUAGAGGAAAAGAUUCUCCGCCAUUUUGACCUUUCCAGCCAAUACGGGCCCUGUGUUGGAAUUGCUCGUGUCAAGCGCUGGAGACGGGCUAAUCUGCUAAAGCUCAACCCACCCAUCGAAGUCCUUGCGGUUCUUCUGAAGGGGAAGAAUACAAAUGAGCGAGCACAUAUUGAUGAAUUAUUAUCGUGA